AUGUUGAAAUUUACAAAAAAAGAUAUACUCCUACAUUGUUUUGAGUGUGUUAUGAUUAUGUUCAUUAUAUUAUUUUUAUUGCUAAACUCUUAAUUAAAGCUUCUGGUAAAUCUGUGUGAUGCAUUGUCAAAAAAUUAUUUACUGUGUAGUUAUUGUAUCUAUUUAGGUAAUUUACUAUGCCCAUAUACCAUUGUAGCUUACAACAAACAAGUCAUGACUGGAAGGCUGUAAAACGACAAAACAUUGCUGCCAAAAAGGAUGCCUUUGUUUUCAAGCAAUAAAUUCUCCCCAAAGAAGAUACCUCAGCGGAAGGCCAACAGUUUCUCCAGGCAAAAGCUAGUUGAAGAAGAAGGAGAGAGUAGAUUGGACAUUGGCAAUGUGAAGUUAAAUAUUGGAGAGCAACAGUUUGUGUUUGAAGAUGGAGAAUGGACUCCUGAGAGUGGAGUAGUUGGAGAUAAACAUAAGGAGAACCAAAGGCUUCUGCAGCGAAUAAAACAACUUGAAUCAGAAAAAAACUUGUUGCAGCUGAAGACUGAGGUACUUUUAGACAUGCUGACAGAAACAACAGCUGAAGCCCACAUCCAAGACAAGGAGAUUACAAGGUUACGCCAUGAACUAACAAAGGCAACUUUAUAAGGCUGAAAUAUUCAAUAUACUCAUCCAAUAUUUAAUAUUUAAUUUCUUUGAUUAAAUAUACUAAAAGAUUUCAA